AAAAAAAUUAUCACUAGACUAUUGAUUAUCAAUUAAUCAAUUGGAGUAAAUUGUUUGCUCCAAUUUAAAUUGAAACAAUUUUAAAGUGAAGGUGAACAAUUGUCAUCAAGUGAAAGUCACAUUACAUUGAUAACAAUUGAAAUGAAAGUUAAUCUGUUACUUGAAUCAUUUGUUUUUCUUUGUUAAGUUGAUUAAGUUAAUCUUUAAAUCAACUAACUUGAUAGCCUAAAUUAAUGAGCUUAAUUCGGUCAUUGGUUAAUGGAAAGGUGCUUAUCUUGCUGGAUUAAUUUGUCGUUUAUUAGUUGAUUUACAAUCGAUUCUACUUGAUUGUAAACGAAUUGGGAUCAGAAAAGUAUUCGGAUCUUCCUCAGGUAAGAUAUGGACUCGUUACUGUUUGUUGAUUUUUUCUCUUCUGUUUUUAUCUUUGACUAUUAAUUGAAAACACUGUUUACCUUAAACAUUUGGUCCAAUCUCUUUGGUACAUCAUGAUGCAUCCACAUUCAAGUCAUCACACUAAUAAUGGUAAUCACUCAAACCAUCACCAUCUUCAUGUUAAUCACCAUUUACCAUUUCAUCGGAAUAACAAGCACCAUCACUGUCAAGAAGAUCUCUUCCAAUCUUAUACAAUAUUCUCUUCAUGUGAUGAAGAUGAUUCAUCAUCUAUUAUUGAUGAUGUUAAACCUUUACCCUCCUUGACUAUGUCAAACCGCCUGAUGAUCACUCAAGAUUUAAAGAUGAGUGAGAUCCGAAGCCAAUUGAUCUCACAUAAAUUAUUGUUGACCAAUUUAAUCAAGGUGAAUGAAUCUGAAGUAAGGAAUUUGAUUAAAUCUACCAAACAACGAAUUAAACAAGAUGAUUUACUAGAUGAACCUGGUCAAACUUAUCUGGAUAAGAUUCUAGAGAAAAGUCGCAAUUCAAGAAUAAGCUCAAAGUUCCCACAAAAUGUGAUGAGUAUUAAGAAAGGAAUUUGCUGUUUUGAAGAUAAUCUAUGUAAAUGUGACAAACCAUCUCUUCCAUUUAGUAGACAUUGUCAACGACACAUUUUAUAUAAUGUUGAUCAAUUGCUUUUUGUAAGAUGUACAGCCAAAGAUAGUGAAACAUCAGCCCAAUGUUGUAAUCCAUCAUUAGAUGUAUUCAGGGAUGAGCCUCUUUGUAAUCAUCACUUGCAUAAGAAAAGCUUAAUCUCCCCUUGUAUCCAACCAGAGGAAGACAAUUUAAAAGCCAAUAAUUUACUUAAUGUUGGACCAGUUUCGGGUAAAGGUAAACUGCUAAGUGGACCUGGUAGACAUGGUAAAAGAACUAAGAAACGUCGGAAAUUAACUGGUGGUAAAGGCAUUCCAGGUUCGAUUGACAAUGUUGAUAGUUCUAGUUUAUUCUCUCAAGACUCAACCGAUAGCCAUUUUGUUAAUACAAAUAAUUGUGAUACUUCUAAAAUACAUUUAUCAGCAAUCAAGACUGAACCAAAUGACAUAACAACAUCAACCUCUCUAUCAAUCGCAACUGUUCAACCGAACCAACAACAACAAUCUUCUAUAUUAUCUACCAUUCCUCAAGCAAUGUCACUUCAAAUCAAUCGACAUCACCUUCAUCAUCAGCCAAUUCAGCCACAGCCACAAAUCGCAUCACAACCACAACCACUUCAACAUCUUCCCACUUCCACAGUUGCGUCUUCACAUCUUUCUAAUGGAAGAGGUGCUCAUGGUAAUUUAUCCACAAUUCCAAAUGCAGCUCUUUUAAUCCGUGGAGACCAAACAAGUGUAGCCCAAACAUUAACUUCUUCAGUUCCUGUUGUGUUACCUGGAAAUGGAAUCAUCCCUGGUCAUUUAGGCGGUUGUGUCACCUCAUUGGCGCAAAGUGAUGAAGCUCUGGUCGCAUCUUUGGUCGCUGAAUUGCCACCUCUUUGUGCAGAAAACGGUCCUGAACCUGAGCCUCCAGGAUUUGUUGAUGCUGAUCUAACGGAAGUGUUAAAAAUACCUGAUGAUGCAUUUAACGAUCUAUUUGUUGACAAUCUUAAGAAUGGUGAUAUUCCAAGUAAAGAAGAGUCGGAAGCGCUGGAACAAGCUUUAGCUGCUGUCAGUAAGAAUGUACAAUAUCUUUCGGUGGCAGCGGCCGCAGUUGGCGGAAGCUCAAGAUCAUCUGUAAAUAAUUUACCCAGAGAAGGAGUUACAUCUGUUACUCCUACAACUGUGAUUAAUGGUGAUUCCAAUUAUUAUUCUCAUCAAACUCAGCAUCACAAUCAUAAUCACAAUCACCACAAUCAUCAUCAUCAUCAUCAUCAUCAACAUCAUCAUCAUCAUGGUACAGUUAAUGGGGAAUUACCUCAACUUUCACAUCAUCAAACAUCAUCUGUGACAACAUUAACAACUCCAUCACCUCAAUUAACGCACCAACAACAACAAUCAUCCCAAUCUGUUCAACAAACGCCAAUACAACCCUCACCUCCUAUUGGUUCUUCUGUUCCAAGCUCUUCGGUUGUUUCUCAGUCACUAAUUUCUUCAUCUACAUCUCAUGAUCUAACAGGUCGAUCGAUAACAAAUGCGACAUCAUUAAACCUCAACGAGAAUGAUAUUCUUGGUUUGGCAAAUAAUAUUUUAACUUCAUUGACAACGGAACAACAACAACAGCUCAAUGGACUAAUUGAUGGAGCUUUAGCCUCAGGAUCAUUAACAUCACCUACAAUUAAAUCAGCUUUGGCAUCUUUAUCAAGUUUACCUCAAGAAAGUGAAUCUUGUGAGGCGCAUUUGUGACCCUUACCAAAAAAAACAGAGAGAUACAAAUUCACCCCAAUUACUUACCUUUGGAAGUUAUUUAUCUUUUUCUUAUCGUUUAAAUAUCAAUUCUACAACAAAAUAGUGAUACUCAAUCGAUGAAAUUUCAUGUAAAUCAAACAAUUAAUCAUUUUCGAUUCUUUUGAUUUUUCUAUCCAAUGUUUUUUUCUCAAAACAAAAUGAAUUCAAUUACCUUAGUCUUCGAGAGGAUCAACAAAAGAGACGAUAACGAGAGAUUCCAGUUGAAUUAUAGUCCAAAAUAAACGACCUCUACUCUGAACAAUUGGCCAUCAUUACUUUUGUGAUUAUUUUCCUCUUAAUCUCCUCUCUCAUCUUGAUUAAUUCAAUUAUGAUCCAUCGAAAGGAUCGAAAGCAAAUCAACUUUCUGCAAAUGUUUUACUUAAUUUCCAAUGACUAGAAGUACAUUUGAUUUGCUUUUCCCCAACUGAAUCUCGUUUACCUGAUGUUGGUCUUUUCUCAAACUUUUAUUACAAUUAAUUAACAAUAACGAACAUGAAACUUAA